CCUCCCUCAACAACAGUUCCCGACCUCCGACGAGAAUUCAAGCUGCCACAUUGAAGUGGAACAAAAAGGCAACCUGGCAGCGGUCUUCUACACUCCCUCCACUUUCUCCGGGGUAGUCACGGGAUUCCAAUGUUCAGCCUGCUCUUUGGUUUCUGUGUUGACUUGAGCCGUACCUAUAUGGCGUGUGUGAGUGGAGAAUUCUGCCAGGCACAGCACCUCACCUGCGUGGAGAAGUGAAUCGGCCGCCCCCCGAGGGACUACGCUACCCGGAAACCGCCCUGACAAGCCGGCACACUAGGAACUGCUGACUCAUCAACCAACGGCUCUCCCUGGGAUCCUGCGUAGUCCUUGGCCCCGACUGCUCCGCCUUGUCCCAACCAAUACGACAAGUCUUUGCUCGCCGCUUUCUUCUUGAACAGCCAAUCACAAACAGCUCUCCUGAAUGGGCCGUCUCGCCAACAUGAACCGCCCCGCUGCAGUCGAGAUUGCCUACGAGUGCAUGAGGUUCGUCAUUACCCACAACCCCACCAAUGCCACGCUCAACAAGUUCACCGAGGAGCUGAAGAAGUGUGAUGUGAACACACUGGUGAGAGUUUGUGAUGCCACUUAUGAUAAGACUCCAGUGGAGAAGGAGGGGAUUCAGGUCCUGGACUGGCCCUUCGAUGAUGGCGCGCCUCCUCCCACCCAGAUCGUGGACGACUGGCUCAAGCUGCUCAACACCAAGUUCCGAGAGGAACCCGGCUGCUGCAUCGGUGUGCACUGUGUAGCAGGACUUGGACGAGCUCCAGUCCUGGUGGCCUUAGCCCUCAUUGAGACUGGGAUGAAGUAUGAGGAGGCUGUGCAGUUCAUAAGGCAGAAGAGACGUGGAGCCUUCAACUCCAAACAGCUUCUUUACCUCGAGAAAUACAGACCCAAAAUGCGUCUGAAGUUCAAGGAUACCAACAGCCACAACUGCUGUGUGCAGUAGGCGGCCUGUCGGUGCAUCUUUCUAAUGCACAUCUUGUGGGGAAUCUUCCAACAAGGGGGAGAUUAAAAAAAAAAUGAAUAAAAAAAAAAAAAUGAAGAGUGCUAUCAGUAAUUAUUGUGAUGAUUUGUCAACACUGAGUCAUGGUUAAUUGAUCAGAGAGCUAGUGAAUGAAUCCAGAUCUGGGGAUCCACCAGCUGAACCGAUGAAUGGAAGGUCAAAGCACACAGACAGGCCUGCCUCCCGGUUAUACUGUUCAACCACGGGCCAGAAUCUUUUCAACUUGAGUCCAUCCUGUUUCUUUUCUUGUUUCAGUUGUGAUCAUGGGAUAACAUUUUCCAUUUUGUGAAUUUUUGUUUCUUAAACAAAAAGGUGAUGAAAAGAUUAAAUGAUAAACUGAUUUUUAUUUCCACUAAUUGAUAUCAUGAUUAGGCCAUAAUGAUGUACCUUUUUAUAAAAAACAUUUUAAAAUCUUUCAACACAUAUUGUGACUGUCCAUUUUGGUAUUUGGGUGUUUUGUUUUUAUUUUAUUUUUUUUUUUGCACAGAAACUUCAAAGGUUCACCUGAAAAUGCAGUAAUGUUUUUAUUUUUACCCUUCACUUGCUUCAAGUCACUUUCAGUUUAGGGGUUCACUCAGUUUGAAUAUGUCUGAAAUAUUUAUUCACAAGAUAUGACGUGUGGCAGUUAUGUGUUUGGCAGGGCAAGGACACUUUGUUAUCCAAUACUUUUGUUGUUUUUUUUUUUUUGUUUUUUUUUUAUCCAUUGAGAGCCAUGUUUUUGUUUUUAUCUUGGAGUGCAAUAAUCAGUCCACCUCAGAUAAGCCCACCAAACCUUGCUGAGCAUCCUACACACAGACACACAUGCACUUCAGACCACCUCAUCCAGGCAGUUAAACAGGAAAACACGCAGCAACUCUUACAGAAGGUACUUCUCUGGCUUUCAUUCAUUCUCCUUAACAGGGCUACAAUAGGACUUCCCUAAGUAUACAUAUUUAAACACACACAGAGCCUAAGAUUCAACCUGAAAGACGAGGUGGAGAAGAAUGAAAAUGGUCAGUUUUUUAUCAUUGUACCCAUUUUGAAAACAUCCCCAAUUCGUAUUGGUUCUUUAAAGACAAAUAAAUUGAAAUAAAAAGCA